GUGCGGGGGCUCCGGCGCCGGCCGCCGCGAUGCAUUCUGGGCCAGCAGCAGCACCAGAGCCAAGAUGGCGGCCAGCAGGAGGCUGAUGAAGGAGCUUGAAGAGAUCCGCAAGUGUGGGAUGAAAAACUUCCGUAACAUCCAGGUCGAUGAAGCUAAUUUGCUGACUUGGCAAGGGCUCAUUGUUCCCGACAACCCUCCCUAUGAUAAAGGGGCCUUCAGAAUUGAAAUCAACUUUCCAGCAGAGUACCCCUUCAAACCACCGAAGAUCACAUUCAAAACAAAGAUCUACCACCCGAACAUCGACGAGAAGGGGCAGGUGUGUCUGCCGGUAAUUAGCGCUGAAAACUGGAAGCCAGCAACCAAAACCGACCAAGUCAUCCAGUCCCUCAUAGCACUGGUGAACGACCCCCAGCCCGAGCACCCACUCCGGGCUGACCUAGCUGAAGAGUACUCUAAGGACCGUAAAAAAUUCUGUAAGAACGCUGAAGAAUUUACAAAGAAAUAUGGGGAAAAGCGACCUGUGGACUAAACUCUGCCGCGAUGGAUUCCAGCAAGCGUGAGCAGAGACCCCGAGCAGUGCAUUGAGAUCCCGCAAAGCAGGACUCUGUGGAAAAUCGACGCGUGCCACCGCCUGGCGUCUGCUUGUGGCAGUUACUAACUUUCUACAGUUUUCUUAAUCAGAAGUGGUCUAGGUAACCUGUAAAGAAAGGAUUAAAAAUUUAAGAUGUUCUA